AUGCCAAUAUCCACGGUGUCAGCUCCGCAAGAACACGGUGCUGUGCACGGUGGUGGAGCAGUUCGCGCAGGCCGAGCUGGCCCGCGCCACGGCGCCCGACGACUGGACGCCGCCCUCUUGUCCCUGGCCGAAGAGCUGACGUGCUCCAUCUGCCUGGAGCUCUUCAAGGUGCCGGUCACCACCCCGUGCGGCCACAACUUCUGCGGGUCGUGCCUGGACGAGACGUGGUGCAGGGCCUCCUUCUGCCAGGAGCACCUGCGGCCGCACCUCGACAGCCCGGCCUUCCGGGACCACCCGCUGCAGCCGCCCGUCCAGGACCUGUUGCACCGCAAGUGCCCCCAGCAAAAUCGCCUCCGCGACUUCUUCUGCCCCGAGCACAGCGAGUGCAUCUGCCAUAUCUGCCUGGUGGAGCACAAGACCUGCUCGCCUGUGCCCCUGAGCCAGGCCAGCGCAGACCUGGAGGACAAGCUGAGGUAUAAACUGACAGUCAUGUACGGUCAGAUCAACGGUGCCGCGAGAGCGCUGGAGGAUGUGAGAGCCAGGCAGAAGGAUGUGCGGGAGGCUGCUCAAAAGAAGAUAGAACAGCUUAGACAAGACUACUUGGAAAUGAAGGCGCUCAUUGACGCCUCCGAGGCCAGCUCCACGCGGAAGAUAAAGGAGGAGGAGAAGAGGGUCAGCAGCAAGUUCGACAACAUUUACCAGAUCCUCCUCAAGAAGAAGGCAGAGAUGCAGGCCGUAAAGGAGGAGAUUGAAGCCGCCCUGACCAAGGGGGGCGAGUUUGAGUUUCUGGAGAAAGCGGCACAGCUGCAGGCGGUCUCAACGAAGCCAGUGUACGUCCCCAAGGUGGAGCUGAAUCACGAGCUGAUAAAGGGCGUCUACCAGAGCACCUUGGACCUCAAAACCGAGCUGAAGCGGUGCCUCAAGAAGCCUGAGGAGCCCCCCACCUCAGGGGAGCCUGCAGAGCAUGCCACGGCGCCCACGCCAAAACCCACACGCCCUGUGAAGAAGGUCCCGAAAGAAGAAAAGAAACCCAAGAAAUUUCCCGCUGCUGCUGGCUCACCCAACAAGCUUCCCACCUUUGGGUCUUCGGAGCAGCUAGGAGAUUUAAAACAAGCUGGCUUUGAGGCUGCAGCCAAACCCAGCCCCGCGCAGCCAAACUCGGUGUCUCUCAAGGCCAAGGUGCUGGAGAACUUCUUAGCCAAGUCCAGACCUGAGCUCCUGGCGUAUGCUGUUAAGGUCAUCCUGGACUACAACACUGCCUACAGCAAGGUGGCUCUCUCGGAGAACUACACUGUGGCCUCUGUGGCCGAAACACACCAGACCUACCGGCCACAUCCCCAGAGGUUCACAUACUGUUCUCAGGUGCUGGGCUUGCACUGCUACAAGAAAGGGAUCCACUACUGGGAGGUGGAGCUGCAGAAGAACAACUUCUGUGGGAUGGGCAUUUGCUAUGGCAGCAUGGCCCGGCAGGGCCCUGAGAGCCGGCUCGGCCGCAACAGCGCCUCCUGGUGCGUGGAGUGGUUCAACACCAAGAUCUCCGCCUGGCACAACAAUGUGGAGAAAAUCCUGCCCACCACCAAGGCCACACGGGUUGGCGUGCUUCUCAACUGCGACCACGGCUUCGUCAUUUUCUUUGCUGUUGCUCUUGACAAGAUCCACGUGAUGUAUAAGUACAAGGAGGACUUUACUGAAGCUCUGUAUCCGGCCUUCUGGGUGUUCUCUACAGGUGCCACGCUCUCCAUCUGCUCUGCCUAGUAGGCAGGCCCUGGACACUGGCCAACUGCCCGGGCAGUGCCCAGGACUCUAGUGAAAAGGUGCAGGGGGCUCUUGGAGAUCUUCCCUGACAGUCCCAGGGGUUGCCAGGAUGGGAGGGGAGUUGAUGGAAGGUAAGAGGGUGGGGAGAUGGGAUAAGGGAGGAAUUUAGCCAGGGAAAGGCGUGGGGGUGAUUGUGUUGUGGGCAAGGAAGCGUUUCUCCGUCCUGUUGCCCCUCAAGGCAGGAUCACCCCCCCUCUUCCCCUGGUUCUGGUAGAUCCCCAGGCUGCUGGGUGGCUGGACAGGGCUUUGGGGAUAAAGUCAUCAGUGCCCCUUUCCUCUUGGAGAACAUCUCGGGCCACUGCAGUCCUUUCUCGGACCCCUUGGUGGAUGCCCUCAUGUUGUCUUCCCAUCUCCGUGUCUCGAUUACUCUCUUCAGGGCUAUUCAACUCUAUAGAGCAGCGACUUUCAACCUUUUUCAUCUCAUGGCACAUAAGCUAAUUACUAAAACUGUGGCACA